GGAGGGGGCGGCCGCGCAGCAGGGUCUCAGCGGCUGAGGCGCCGGCCUCCCUGAGGCCCGGAGCAAGGCUGCCCCAGCGCCGCACCAUGGACUCGCGACCCGAGGAGUAUGAGCUCAAUGGCGACGUGCGCCCGGGCUCGCCUGGCUCCCCGGACGCCUCGGCACCCCGCUGGGGCAGGAACCGGCCCAUCAACAUGAACCAUUAUGCCAAUAAGAAGAGUGCGGCAGAGAGCAUGCUGGACAUCGCACUGCUGUUGGCCAACGCCUCCCAGCUGAAGGCUGUCAUCGAGCAGGGCCCUGGCUUCGCCUUCUUCAUCCCCCUGGUGGUCCUCAUCUCCAUCUCCCUCAUGCUGCAGAUUGGUGUGGGCGUGCUGCUCAUCUUCCUUGGUGCGUGCCUGGGCAGGGGGCCCCAGCAGUGGGAGGGCCCUGGGGUACCCCUGCCCCACGGUCAGCUGAUUCUGCCUGCACGCACCCUGGGAUGCGUCACUUACCCCACUGAGUGUUUUCCAGGCCCUCACAGAGCUGCAAGGAGGCCCCGGCCCUUCUCACUAGGCACGUGGUCCAAAAUGUAGCUCCCAUCGUGGCCCCCAGAGGGACCCCCAUGUCUCCAUCUUUCCACUCACCCAAGCUGAGGACACAGGAAAAUGUCAUAACCACUCUCUGCUCUUCUGAGUGUCUGAAUGUCCCAUAAAGAAGGUUUUUAAAGGUGA